GCGAGAUUUUGGAAAUCCUAUCCCGCCGGAGUCUCGACAAUACUUACCAACCACUCUACCCAUCGUCAAUAAAAAAAGUAAGACUUUCUGCAAAAAAAGGCUUUCAAAAGUUGGAAAAAGUAUUCCAAUAGCAAUCUUUUGCUUAUUGAUUAAUAAUUAUCAAGCACUGAGCCUUUCUUUUCUUCCAGCUUACAGUUUCCUUGAAUUUUCAAGACAGCUUCUCUUUUGUUUGCUAUAACGCAUUAAGCCUUCUUGUUGUUAUCGUGAAGAACGUUGUAGUUUUAAGUCUAUCACAUUCUUUGCUUUCUAGACCUUCUUAUUUGUUUAGGCUGUUGUCCGGUUUGUUCUUACCAGGACUUACCAGCCCCCUUUCGUUUUUUUACACACUUACAGCACGAUAAAACUGGAUACAGCUUUGUGUAUUAAAUAGUUUUUAUUUUUACUGGAUACUCCCCUUACCAAAGCAACCUCACGUCUUGUUUAGAAGACUUUUUUCUUUUGCUAUUUUUUCCCUUUUUCUUUCUUUUUGAUUCUUUUUAUGCUUUUCUGUGUUUUUCUUCUUUGAGUGUUCACUUUAUUUUGCUUGUUUCUCAUUCAUUUGCAUUUUUCCUGUUAUUUUUGUCGUUUGUUUUAACUUGCUUCGUUCCUUUGUGAUCCUUGGUUGCUUUUGGUUUUUAAAUCGAUUUUAACAGUUUCGAGACCUGAUUUCUUUAUACUAUUCCUUUGCACACGUUCAAAUUUGUUGUUCAGCCUCACUGCUUAGGUUUAAGUAACGCAUACUCCUAAUCAUACUCAUUUAGAAAGUGUCGCUCUUUUGAUAUUCGCAAUUUUGAUUCGUACACUUCCCUCUGCUUGAAUCAUAACAUUUGUGGAACCUAAUUUGAAUCAGCAUUUCUACUAAAAUCAAGUUUUCUUGUGAUUUCGGGCAUUUUUGCAUUGAUAAUACUCUAUUCCGGUGAAUUCUCAUUUUCGUACAUAUCAUUCUUUGACGGAGUUUGAGUCAUCUUUGGCAUCUUUCAUUUUGGCUUUGUGUUUUAUUUAAGUUUCUCUCGUCUCUCUUUUAUAUCGUAUUGCAUUUAACUUUUCAAUUCCCCUAAUAUCCUUGUUAUAAGGGUUCCGUCGGAUAUUUUGUUUUCAUUUUUGUCUAUUAAGUUCACUCCGAAUACACUCUCAAGUAUCGCAUAUUCAGGUUAUUCAGAAGAUAAUAGCCUUGAUCUGUUGACAAAUCGGAACUUUCUUUAAAGACUUCUUUGUUGAUACGUUUUCGUUCUUUGAACGUGUCCUUCCUUCUUUUCUGCAUUUCACGGCUUUCUUUGUGAACAUCUGAUUCAAUAUGUUCGUUGGCUCACCCAAUAUUGGUAAACAACCUCCUUUACUGUCUAAGAAAAGAAUUCCUGAACCGUUCAACAUUAUGGAUGAUACUACUCGUGGUUCAUCUCUGGUGCCGACCGGAAUAUUAAAUGGUGAAGAUGAAGGCCAAAUGUUGCAUAUGUCUCCGCAAAAUCCAGAGCCUCAGUUAGGAAAAGCCGAUGCUGAUUAUCUACCUGCUUAUGCUUCUUUGAAUCCUUUGAUGGAAAAAUCUGCAACUCCUACUGGAAGAUUGCUCGGUGGUUUGAACGGUGGAUUGGCUUCUGCGCCUCCUAAGAUGGGAUUUCAUUAUCCGCGUUUCUUCGCGAUAAAAAUUGAAGAUCUACCUAGAAAUUUAACUCCCAGGGAGUUUUCUUCUACUUUUCUGUUUGCAAGUCACGUUGUAUCUUCCGAAAUUGUGUCUCCGGCGCCUGAUAAUGGUCCUGCAUAUGGAUUAACGGUGUUUUCUUCUAGAGACGCUGCUCUUUCGGCACGUGAUAUUUUACUUUCGAGUGAAGUUUAUGGUCUUUGUAACGUGACCGUCAUUGAUAAUUAUCGCAAAGGCAGCCAAACUAAUGUCAGUGAUGCAACAGAAGGCUCAGAAAGUGGUAGUCGCCUGUCUAGAAAUCAUUCUCCUAUUCGACAACUAUUUGGCAGUCGUGACGUUUUUCGACGUCCAAGCAAUCAUGUUUCGAAUCCUGCAGCGGGUUCUAAUGACGGUGUUUUUGAUCAGUCUAAAACACCUCAGACUGAACACUUUGCAACUGCUCCUAAUAGCGCACUUCAAUCUGAUCGUUUGUGGUCAUCAUUCCCAGUAUCAUACCCUUUGUCAUUGGCCAAUGCUUUAACAAAAGAUGAUGUCUCUUCCCCUACAUGGUCACCUACGGCCAAUAAAAGCACUAAUUUGCGACAAGAUACCGUCCCUCCCGUUAUGAGAUUUAAUUCACUUUCCAUAAAUACAAAUGUCUCUCGGCCCUAUUUCUCUUCGGAGCAGGGGGGUUAUGCACAUCCCAUGAGUGCUCAAUCUCCUCAUCCCAGAGUUCUCUCUGCCAACGGUGCUUUCGGUGUUAACAGUCCUCCGUUAACACCUUCUAAUACCAGAGACUAUCCGUUAUCUGCUUCAACAGUACCACCUGCCACUCCAUUUUCACCCUACGCAUCUCACAAUGGUAUUCAUCAAAGGAUUCCUGCUACAACACCUACAAAUAUUAAUCCUGCUGAUCAAAAUCCACCUUGUAAUACUAUUUAUGUCGGAAAUCUUCCACCCUCGACUUCGGAAGAUGAAUUGAAGGCCCUCUUUUCAACGCAGCCUGGUUACAAACGUCUUUGUUUCCGUACCAAAGGGAAUGGUCCGAUGUGUUUCGUGGAAUUUGAAAAUAUUCCUUGCGCUAUGGAAGCCUUGAAAACACUUCAAGGUGUGUGCUUAAGCAGCAGCAUAAAGGGUGGUAUACGCCUCAGCUUUUCGAAAAACCCCUUGGGUGUACGUUCAUCAAGCUCCUCUCAUAACCACGGUAAUGUUCGUAAUCUCCAUUCUGGAUCGAUGAACAAUUAUGGUGCUGGAUUUUUCUUGAAUGAUUCAGGACAGCACGACACACAUAAUAGCCCUGGUUGGGCUAAUAACUUGAUGUAUGGUAAAUAAAUUCCCUUCAGAUUCGCAUUAUAACCUGUUGUCGCCCAUUAGAGUGCCUUGUACUUAUGUUUCAUAUGCGUUUUUGGUUUUUUGAUAUACUUUGCAUGUUGAUUUUUCGUUAUUAGUUCAUUGGAAUCCUUUUAAUUCAUUUUUAAUUGCCAAAAUCUGCCUUUAAGUUAAGACUUAAUGCGCUCUAAUUACGAAAGAAACCCUUGAGAAAUGUAGGGGAAUUUUUCAAGGAUUCAGUAAUUGGAAGGCUUUGUCUUUAAGGUCUGACUGGUUGGUUAUAAAUAACCAUAUACUGCUGCUUUAAGAUAUUCAUACGCUUGCUGUUUUCUCAAGUUCAAAUUGUUUGCUUUUUAAAUGUUAAUGAAUAAAUAUAUUGAAUUUACAAUAACAA